AACAACUAGGAAAGAUGAGUUAUCAGCGAACUAGUGAUCAGUGGCAACGGGUUGUUACCAAUUUGUCCUUUAGGUCCCGGUAUAUAAACUGUGGCUCCUUGUAAUAGGAGAAGACCAUUGUGGCUAAUACCCUAUUACUUUCACACUGUUCGUAGUGCACGGGAUAAUGCUCAAUUUCAGCCACAACGUUAAAGCUACAAGAGUGGAGACCACACUGGAAGCUCCACUUUCUCAUAAAGAGUGACGGAUUGGAUGAUAUGGGCCACUGUGAAGUUAUAUAAAGGGGGUGUGAUACCCUCCUUGUUCCUUACGUCCACCCUGUUGAGACAGUUGCAAGCAAACAAGAAAUGUCAGCCACAAUUCAAUUACCAGGUAUAGGCCGUAACAUCAAUCACGUCUCUGAUAUCCAUUUCAGAAAAGAUGAAGACCAAGAAGAUGCCACUGGGCUGAAAAAAGUGAGCCAAUCUGAGUAUAAGACCGUUGAAUACCCUGAAUGGCUACCAACAUGGGAUCCCAAGGAGAAGUACGAUUCUUACUCUGAUGAUUUCAACAAGUCAUUCAGUGAUCGUGGUCAUCUAGCCCACCCACAGCUGAGAAACUUAUUCCCAAAGGAUAGUGAGUUUCAAAUCAAGAAACUAAGUCCAAAAUUGGGUAGUGAGGUGAGAGGAAUCCAACUCUCACAGUUGGACGAUGCUGCAAAGAACGAUCUGGCACUUUUCGUUGCUCAACGUGGUGUUGUUGUCUUUAGAGACCAAGAUCUAAAGGACAAAGGGCUCGAGUUCAACAAACAGUUCGGUUCCUACUUUGGGCCUCUCCAUAUCCAUCCAUCAUCAGGUGCACCUGAAAAGUACCCUGAAUUCCAUGUCGUGUACCGUAGAAAAGAUGCCAAUGAGUACAACAAGACUUUCCAGGACAAACUCUCUGUUCGGGGAUGGCACAGCGAUGUGACGUAUGAGAAGUAUCCACCGGGAACCACUUUCUUCACAAUAUUGCAAGGGCCCGAGACCGGAGGAGACACAAUCUUUAGUGACACUGUUGAAGCCUACAACAGGUUAUCGCCACAGUUCAAGAAGAUUGUGUCUGGGCUCAAGGCCAGACACUCCUCAGAGACACAGGCUGCAUUUUCAAGAGCUGGCGGUGGUAUUGAGAGAAGACCACCUUCCACCGUGAUCCAUCCCUUAGUGCGUAUCCAUCCGGUGACAAAGGCCAAAUCUCUAUUCGUGCCAACGUUUAUAGAAGCCAUUGAUGGGCUCAAGAAAGAGGAGUCCGACGCCAUCUUGAAUGUUCUAUUCGACCACGUCAACCACUCGCAUGACCUCCAAGUCAGGGCCAGCUAUGAACCUGGAACCGUGGUUGCCUGGGACAACAGAAGGGUCCUCCAUGCUGGCACCUUUGACUGGGAAAGUGGUGACGUUCGCCAUUGCUACAGAAUCACGCCGAUGGCUGAGAGACCCGUCACUGAGGAGGACGACUUGGAGGAGUGGAACCGUUGAACCGCACCGUCUGGUCAACCGGCUCUCUCUCCCAAUGUGUAUCCUUUGUUUACUUCCACCACCUUAAACUACAAUAUAUGUAAGCCA